AACAUAUACGCCGGCUUGUCAGAGUUAAUCGUUAUAAAGCUACAAGUAUAAACAGAUGUUUGUAUACUGUGUUUUGUAGUAGUUUUAUGGAAUGGGUAGCUGGUAGCUGCUUGGAUGUGAGAUUGAGGAGAUGAAUGUAACUACAGUUCUUGUAACUAGCGAUAUUUUGUAACUUAAACUUGUAAUAAAUUAGGAAAUGGUAUGUAUUGAUUUAAAUAGCAUGUGAUUUGAGGUAUUCCCCGUAAAGAUGGCAAGUAGCCAAAGUCAUUUCCUGGGGCUUGAAGGAAGGACGGUGCAACUAAUUUUGUGUGAACACCCGUUAGGAUUUAUUUGAGCUAGCAUUUACUGUACUUCGUGGGCUACUGAAAGACGUUACAUACUACAAGAACAAAAUGAGCCAGGGAGCAGGAGAUGCCGUUCCUCGCAUCUUAUUAAAAGAGGUUCCGAAAGGUGCAAAGAUAAUUGAUAUAUAUUGGGGACUUCAGAAAUUCGGUACUAUUACGUACAUUGGACUUGGCAAUGACAAUGCUGUAAUAGAGUUUGCAGACAGGAUCUCAGUUGGUAAAGUAUUGUCGAGCCACCCAGUUCGAGUGAAAACGAAUACAGUGCGUGCUUCACAUGAGCCCGAAUGGAAGUCCAUUUCGGGACUGGUCAACAUGCACGAGACAUUUACACUAGAUCCAGACAUAAAGGCAGUCUUGAAGAAUGAGGACUCUUUUAACCAGAAAAUUGCCGAUCUGGUUAGUACAGCCGAUAAAUUGACUUUGGACUUUGAUGAUGACAUAGAUGAUGGUGUCGGCAGUCGGGAACGUCAUCCUGUGUGUGCCGUGCUGGAGAGGAUACUUCCUGACGAGUUAGUUCCCAACGUGAGAGUGUACCCGUUUGGCUCUCGUGUCUCUGGUACUGCUCUGGAGACAAGUGACCUUGACAUCUUCAUAGAUUGUGGUGACACAUUCUACGGCGAGUAUGUCCCGAACGUGGAGGAGCUGGUGUCCAUUGUACAGACCGUGAAACGACAGCUAGCUAAGGCAUGGCCGGAGUUCAACCAUGUGACGGCCAUUCCCAGGGCGCGUGUGCCCAUCGUCAAGUUCCUCCACUGUCCCAGCAACACGCGCUGUGACGCAGCCUUCACGAAUGGCAUCGGUUGCCGCAAUGCUCGGCUGUUGAGAUUUGUGUUGUCCCUGGACAGCCGCAUCCGGCCCCUCCUGUUGUUCCUCAAGCGCUGGGUUUACAGCAUAGACUUGACGCCAGUAGCCAGGAACUCGCCGAGACCGGAGCUGACGUCCCAUGCUCUUGCUAUGGUCACCUUCACCUUCCUACAGACGGUGAAGCCUCCCAUUCUGCCUCCCAUAAAGGGUAUAAAGGAAGCUGCGGACUACAGCAUCAAGGUUGCAGGUUGGGAAACCGCAUUUUGCAACGACAGCGAACAGUUCCGCAUCACAGAUCCCCACGACAGGCGAUCUGUCCGUGAACUGCUGCUGGGCUUCCUGCAGUGCUUCCAGCGGAUCGACUGGCAGAAGAUGGCAGCAUCUCCGCUGGAUGGAGCGUUUGUGCCACGCCAGUCGGUGCCGCGCAUCGUGCCUACGAAAUCUGCAGCGAUGGUGGUUCUCGACCCGUUCAACCUGAGUCGAAACCUGACCGUGAACGUCAGUGAUGUGGCAUUGUGUCGACUCUGCGCGACUUGUGCGUUGACACUGAGGGAGAUGACUUCUCGCUGAUGGCAAAUGUGCAAUCCGUAGCAGAACAUCUGGGAGUCACAGAAGUUGAAGAGGUGCACCUAGAGGAAUACAAAGCAAUACUAAGUGAGAACAGACAGAAAAGCUGCAAGGUGUCAACAAAGAAAAGUCUGAACAAAUCCUGGUUGUGGAAAAUUAGCUGAAAAACAUGAGGCAGCUGCUACAGGAGAAGGCAAUUGCAUUACAGCAGCUUGAAAAUAGCGUUAUACUGCAAAAUGAUCAAUAUGGUUUGCUAAAUCUAGUACUUAUGGAUGCAGAAGCAGUGAUUUGGGUGAAACGUGUAACAGCAAAUAUCUCCAGAAACAAGGAAUGAAGUUAGUUUGCCCGCAAAUCCCAGAUGCUGAUUUGAUACGUUAAGAACAGAUAACCUUAUUUCUAACUGCACUGAACGUUUUGAAAUGAGGAGUUAGGUUUUAAGAUGGACUGAAAUCUAGAUCUUAUGCUCAACUAAAUUUGGAGCUAUGUGUGUGGUACUCCAUCCUACUAUAAUAUGUUUCAUUGUAUUUAUAAUUUUCAUGAUGGACCACACUGUUUGAGUACUAGGAAUUUUUUUCUUUUAUGAGGCUAAAUAAAGCAAUUAAGAAAACUUUAGAUCAGUGUGUUUAUUUAUGAGUGGUCAAAGAUUCACUGUGUUAUUGAAAUAUUGACCACAAAUGGAACGAUAGUUGAUUGUUGUGUUGAAAGUGUAGGCUGGUCAAUGUGUCCUCAGAGCCAUGCCAACUCUGACUGCCUACAAUUUUACCAUUACUUCCGCUGCAUUUAAUAAAAUGUAUUGUAUUAAUUAGUAUAUAAUCCUUUCAUUCCAGUCCAUAUGUUCACUACCAUAAAUAACACAGAGUUAUACAUUACUGAUAAUCAAAUUUGAAUCUGAAAACUUGUCAAAGUAUACCUGGUUUACAGUACAUUAUAAAAUAAUGGAGUGUUUUCUCAAGCCUAAAUGUUGCAAGAGGGGCCUGCUGGCCCCAUAUUCAUGGAAAGUUUGCAGAAGCAGUUUUGAAUUUGAGUUGUGAUAGGGUAAUAAUAAAUUAUUUAGCUGGAAUUUUGUUGUACUUCAUCUUUGUAUUAAUUAAAGGAAUAUACUGUUGAUUUAUUGUGUUUGUAUUGAACCGGAGACCUAGAAACAAUGGAGAGGCGUUGUCCCGCCAUAGCCCUCAGUGGUUCACAACCAACUCCACAACAGGCCACAGCAGUCCAUCCACCCCACUGCCACCCCACACUGAACCCAGGGUUAUUGUGUGUGUGUCAACGAACUGAUGUACAA